AUGGAACAACUGUUCACUGGCCACUUCCUUAGUAGCCGGAGAAUUGCUAAAACAACGGGUCAUCUCAUGAGUAUGGCACAAGGAGAGCAAGAGACUCUAAAGAACUUCAUGCACCGCUUCAACACGGCAACCCUAGAAAUCCGUAACUUAGACAUGGGGGUGGCGUUAGUAGCCUUGACAACGGUUCUCCUGCCCGGGAGCUUCUUAUACUCCUUAGGGAAAAAAUCGCAGGUGGAUAUGGGGGAGCUAAUGGUUCGAGCACAGAAAUACAUCAACUUGGAGGAGAUGAUGGAUACAAGAGGAAGUCGCAUAGAACGGAAAAGGAGAAAGAGUAGUAGGGAAAUGGGAGAAUCCUAUAGAUCCGCGAAAAGACACGAGACUAGUGCACUACGCGCAAGACCAAAGAUAAGAGGACAAUACAACAAGUUCUCCACUUACACGCCCCUGAAUCGAAACAUGUCCAAGUUCUGCGCAUUCCAUAGGGAUCAUGUCCACGACACAGAGGAAUGCAUUCAGUUGAAGAAAGAAAUUGAAGCCCUAAUAAGAAGGGGAUACCUAUCAAAGUUUAUAAAUAAAGAAGAUCCACAAAGGGAACCUCUCGAGCAGAGGAGGCAUGGCGCAAAAGAAAAAGAAGAGCAGGUCAUAGGGGAGAUUGCGGUGAUCUUCGGAGGAUCCGCUAGUGGAGGAGAUAGUGGGAGUGCAUGUAAAAGGUAUGCUAAAUAG